ACAUUACCAUGCAUGCUACUCCCUGCAGGCUCAGCAAAGAAUAGCAGCAACAUCACCUCUCAGUCUCUCUAUCUCUCUCUCUUGCUCUCUCCACCUCUACCAGACAAGACUCCUCCUCUCCAUCUCUUUGUGACUCCCUCUCUCUUGCAUAUGAUCUGCUCUUCACUUCCUCCCAGCUAAAGCAGGAGAUAACAACAAUACCUUACAUACAGUGAGCACAAAAGAAGAACCGGAAAAGAAAAGGAAGAGACUGCUUUGGAUUCUGAAGAUCAGAAGGACCUUCUACCUGUGACUUGAGUGAGAGAGCAUCUGAAGCAAGAUUCGGCAGCAGGCUACCUUGAGUUAAAGGGGAGGACUGGCCGUCGGGAGCACUGGGCGUUUUCCCGGUGGGCCGCUGGGUAAUGUGGGCCGGCCCAUUGCUGCGCAAGUACCGGCCCAUCCUGCAGGCCAUAUAGGCAGCCGCCUUGGGCUCCAACAUACCUGUGCGGACCCCAUUACAGAGUGAAUAUUCAAAAAAUAUUGUAAGCUUUUGCCUGGCUGCCACAUUCAACAAUGAGUCGAAGGGAGGCUCUGGUGGGGAACCCUGCACCCAGCGUGGCACCUGAGGUACCGGGCAACAGCACAGAGGUGGCAGGGCCCGGUCCCCGUGAGACCAAAGAUGAGAUGUUCUCCAAAGUCAAAGACAAGUUCAUGAAUGAACUGCACAAAAUCCCACUGCCAUCAUGGGCCAUCGUCGCCAUUGCAUUUGUUGCUGUUGUACUAGUAGUUUCCUGCUGCUUUUGUAUCUGCAAAAAGUGGAUAUUCAAGAAGAAGAACAAGAAAAAGGGCAAAGACAAGGGCAAAAAUGCCAUCAACAUGAAGGACGUCAAUGACGGUAUCAAAACCGAGGCCUUGAAGGAUGAGGAUGAUGCAGAAACAGGGCUGACGGACACAGAGAAAGAGGCGGAGCCUAAGGAGGAAGAGAAACUUGGCAAAUUACAGUACUCCAUGGAUUACAAUUUCACAGAGAAUACGCUCAUAGUGGGGAUUAUACAAGCAGCAGAGCUGCCUGCCAUGGAUAUGGGUGGCACUUCUGACCCCUACGUUAAAGUCUACCUUCUUCCAGACAAGAAGAAGAAAUUUGAGACCAAGGUCCACCGGAAGACGUUGAACCCCGUUUUUAAUGAGCAGUUCACCUUUAAGGUUCCCUACACUGAGUUGGGAGGAAAAACUCUAGUGAUGACGGUAUAUGACUUUGACCGCUUCUCCAAACAUGACGCCAUUGGAGAUGUGAAGGUUACCAUGAAUAAGGUGGACUUUAGUCAUGUGACUGAGGAGUGGAGAGACCUUCAGAGUGCUGAGAAAGAAGAGCAAGAAAAGCUGGGUGACAUCUGUUUCUCUCUGCGGUAUGUGCCCACUGCUGGCAAACUGACCGUGGUCAUUCUGGAGGCCAAGAACUUGAAGAAGAUGGAUGUUGGUGGCCUGUCAGAUCCCUACGUGAAAAUCCACCUGAUGCAAAACGGCAAGCGGUUGAAGAAGAAGAAGACGACAAUCAAAAAGAACACCCUCAACCCUUACUACAACGAGUCUUUCAGUUUCGAAGUGCCAUUUGAACAAAUCCAGAAAGUUCAAGUUGUUAUAACUGUUCUGGACUAUGACAAGAUUGGCAAGAACGAUGCCAUUGGCAAAGUGUUUGUGGGCUUGAACAGCACAGGCACUGAGAUCCGUCAUUGGUCAGAUAUGCUGGCCAACCCGAGGAGACCCAUCGCCCAGUGGCAUGUGCUCAAGCCAGAGGAGGAAGUGGAUGCCCAACUGGCUGCUCAGAAAAAAUAGAGCAUCCCCAUGAACCCCCCCCACACCCACCCAUGUAGUGCUCUUUACCCCGUGCGUGUAAAUACCUCAGUGAAAUAAGGAUUCAUGCACCCUCACUCCUAAUUUUGUGUCUAACAAAACCUUCUUGGUACUUUGAGCACCGCACCCCACCCCUUCAAGAUGUUGUGUUGUUACGUCGGAUUCGAACCCCUCCUUUCAUCGAUAAACUUUCUCUGUCGUUUUUUUGUUUCAUCUCCAUCCAUGACCUUAAAAAUCCCCAACCAAAUGCCCCCAUAUUUUAAGCAAUAUGAUCUGUAUAGAUAGCGCAUGACUGGAGGAAUUUAUUGUACAACAGGUGUAUAUAUCAGUAUGCAGACAAAAAUGAUUUCUAGUUUAUGUGUUUGUAUGUUGUUACCUGUUUCCUAAUCUGUGUAUAUCUUGAUGUUUUUAAUAAGAUGUUCUAUUUUAAAUUAUGUAAAUGCAGACAUAGAAGAGCCAAUAUUAUAUAUAACGGGAUUUAAGAAUUUUAAGAAUUUUACCUUAUUACAUUCCACUAAAAUAUAUAUACACAAUAUAUCUAUAUAUACAAAUAUUUAAGAGUUAACGAAUUCCAACCUGCAAGAUGCUAGUGGAGGUAAACUCACAUCGUAAAGGACGGUUUUGCGCUUCAUGUUUACUUAAAAACACACAGAUAUAACAUUCACAUACAAUACACACAAAACACUAAGGCCAUUAACUAAUAUGGUUUCAUGAUAUAAAUAUAAUAUGCUGCUGGAAAUUCUAGAAGCACAUGAUUUCGUAAUAACGUUUUUUGUACUAAUUUAUGAAGAUGAGGACCUGUACACUUUGCUUGAACCACUAUAUUCGAAAGAAUUCUUACUUGACAGAAACCAAUCAGCCUUUUUUUCCCACAUGGUGAUGCUGUUAACUUUUAGGAAAGCAGGUCCCCAGUUUGCUUCUUUCUUUAAACAAUAUUUGCUUUCUUUUAUCUUCCCAAAUCCAAUUCAUCUCCUUCACAAAAUUGGAAAUUGACAAUUUACGGUACAGUCACAAGCUGUAGCCAUUGCAUUCCUUGAAGCUUGAUUAACAAUAAUUUGUGAACUGCUUUCUUUCAACAGUCCUGUUGUUGGAUUUGUUUUGUUGAGGAAUUACAGUUCAGCCUCCAAAAAAUAGAACCAGGAGUUUUGACUCUAGCUUUAAGACAACUAUUUUCUAGAUUAAGUCAACGUCUUAAUAUUUUUGGUAACUGCAUGAUUUUUUUUACGAUCUUUGCUAAAGGCUGGGCAAUGGGGGAGGGAGUUCUACUUACACCGGGGCGUCUGUUUCAAAAGACUCCCAAAUGCCUUCAAUUAAAAGGUAAUCAGAGGUUGAGGGAUCGUCACAUUUGAAGUGAAACUUAAAAAGUGGUCAGUCCUGUACUAUACAAUGUUGACUGGAGAAGAGGCAAGCUUUUAAACACUGCCAUUUUUUCAGGGAGGUACGAAAUGUACAUGACCGCUCCCUACAUGCACACUCCUCUUAGAUAGUGGUUGUAGCUUUGGUUCAUUGAGGAACAAUGUAUUUUUGGCCACAAUGGUGCCCUAAACAGCAGUCUUUGCUUUCUGUUGCCUUUUCACAGUGACAAUAGAGUUAGCCAUGCAUAACUGCCAAUCCUUUUUCCCUGUGGCUACUGUUUUGCACUGUACCAUCUCUGAAAAAGACAAUUGUGUGUCAAGAAACUGCGAUAAUGUUGACUUAGUUUCAUUUAGGACAACGGGUUGGAAAAUGAGCAAGAGCUCAGCUUGCACAGUCUAUUCAAUCAAAACCACAUGAAAGCACCAAUGCUAAUGUCUCGGCCAAGCAUUAGCAUUAGCGAAUCCUUUAACAAUAACCGUAAAAGUUAAUGGUCUGCACAGGUGAUUACAUUACAUACUAAUGUCCUUUACUACGGGUCUAACAGGAGAGUGAAUCGAAGUUUAGUCCAUUAAAACCAUGCGUUCUCUUGGGGGAACCUCUUGCGUACACUAGAUGCUAGCUUCGGGAGGACUUUCUAAGUGUUUUCAAUGUUACUGUGUAGGUGAUAGCACUGUUACUUAAAAACAAAAGAAGAAAAAAAGCUAUUUGUCAUACCAUAGGAGUCUUUAGGGACUGCUUUGUAUAUCACUGUGACUGCGGUGUGUGCUUAGUGUUGUAGUUUUCAGUAGGUAGAGGCCAUCUUGUACUAUAGUGAUGUUGUGCUCCGAUUCCCCUAUUACAUGCAAAGAGCAUGAAAGUGUGUGAGUGAGAACACAUGUCGAGCAUCGUCAGUUUCUAAUAAGCGUUGACCACCGGGAUGUCAGAUGGAGCUAUUCCCGAACGAGGUGAGAAGACUCCAAGCGCACGAGGGUCAAUUCACACAGCAUUUUGUUGAGCACUGUGCAAUACUUGUAAGUUCAUUUCCUUGUAUUGAAAUGGGUGGUAUCGCCCAAUGGGGGACAAAAAAGAAAAAAAAAUGAAACCCUUUACAGUGAAAUGUAUUCCAUGACCAUAGUUCAGUAAGGUCACAGCACAUGUACAUUGUGUGUGGAUUGGAGCUCAACAUUUGUAAACCUGUUAGGGAUUCCUCCAUUUUUUCCCAUUGAGUUUUCCUGCACACAGAACUGACCAAACAUUAGGGUAAUCAUAUAGGAAGUACCCUAAAUGUGAUAUAAUUUCUCUCUCUCUCUCUCUCUCUCUCUCUCUCUCUCUCUCUCUCUCUCUCUCUCUCUCUCUAUAUAUAUAUAUAUAUACACACACACACACAAAUAAAACCUUUCCCCUCCCAAAUAGGUGUAUAUAUAUUUUUAUAUUUCUCCUGAUAUAAUUUCCUCAUUAUUGAAAUCACCAUGGAUAUAAAAGAAUUGUAUCGAUCUGUUGUACUUUUAAUAUGAUAGGCUGUACCAUUUUGUUAUCGCUGUUAUGAUUCCAUCAUGACUAUUUGGUUAUUGUUCCUUUAAGGCCCUAUUGAACACCAUUUUAUAUUUAUUAUGGAAUUCAGAAUGUAUAGUAUGGACUGUGUGUUUCGUUUUUACUUUUUAUUGUGGGACCAAGUAUAGUUAGCACUUUCAUUUCAAUGUUGCAAUAAAUAUUGAUUCAUGUGUUCUUUUCAUAGCUGAAUAUGAUUUCUUACCCUGACGGAGAGAUCUAACAGAGAGAAAAGCUCCUUUUAAACAUAUAAUCGCAACUGUAGGUACAAAUUAUUACUCAACUAAGACAAAUCCUAUGUUACCUUAUGUACUCUCAUUUAUAACAAUAUCUACGAUAAUAUAGAUUGUUUAUAAAACAAGGAUAAAAACACAGAGAGUGAUAAACAUGUUAGAAUCUUGAUUACAGUAUGACAUAUUUCAUACGGCAAAGGGGUGUGAUUGUAAUUUAAUGUGUCUACAUGAUAAAUCGAGUGUAGAACUGGAUGUACAGUAAAAGACAGCAUUGCCUUUUGCACUAGAGAUUUGUAAAGUAGAAUGAAAAGCCAUUUCUAGACCUGCAAAGCAAUGCUAUCUUUUUCUAAAACCUACCAAAGCACGCAAACAGCUCUGACAACUGCACCCGACGACUACCACUAAAAAAUCCCAAUUGCUCAGUGUGUAACAAACAAGACUCUGAUACUCCACAAUGACAAAAAAGCCACACUUAACCUUUCAAGAAAAAGCUGUGUAAAGAAUUAGAAUCUGAUGCUGUAGGAAGAUCCUAGUUGCCUUUGUGUAUAUCAACUGCCUGCUUGAGUAUUUUUGUGUGUGGAAAUUUUCUCUGUAAUCUUGUAGAACUGUUCGGGGUGUGUUUUCUGCCAUACUGCUGGCCCCAGUGGCAAGCUGACAGUUAUAUUGCUGUGUAUACAUUCAUUUUGAUGAGGUGUUUAACAAUUUCAUUUCACUUUGUGUAGUGAUUCACUCUGUGGAGUUUCUGACUGUUGUUAUAUAACUUCAUCUACACAAAUGUUCAAUAAAAAUGUUUUAUUUCCUGUU